AUUUACAAGGAUAAGAGAGUGUGCUUGAUGUGUUAGCAGAUUUCUUGACUGUAGAAUUGUUCCGCCCAUACAUGAAGGAAGUAAACAGCUUCAACUCAGUGAACAGCUCUAUUCGAACGGCCAUUGCUGGCUCGAAGUGAGUGAAGUAACCCCCCGACGUCCGUUUGGUGCAGUUUCUAGUCCCUCGUUAGCGCAUUCUCCGACUUCCAUCGUGGCAGACACGUCGUUGCGAUGAUGUCGAGCAGCUUGCUGAACGCACGUGGGUUGAUGUUCAUCUCACCAGGUCCGCUGCUGGGCAGUACUCUUGCACUCGUGGUGUUCUGGGCCAUGCGUCAUAGUCGACAACGACGACUGAGCUGGAUAAGCGUUCCACUGCCUCCUCGCGGUUAUCAACAUUUACCCACUGCAUCGACAGCUCAGACGCUAGUUCGAGUAGGAAUGACAGCAGAACAGCCAACAGAAGACUCGACAACGUUCUACGACUGGGUGCUCGCUACGACUACGAGAUUCCGCGGCAAACCGUGGCUGCUUCAACGACCAGGACGUUCCGAUGUGCUUGUUGUGAGCUCUCCAGUCGCAUUCGAGGACAUCCAACGAACGUAUGCAGUGCAAUUCGAGAAGGUUAACAGUGAAGCCGAAGGAUUGACACACGACGUGCAUGGUGGAGCUAUUGCACUUGUGUAUAGUGGACAUGUCCGUCCGUCUGUAAAUAUGCAGCGACAACUGGCAGCGACUGUACUUGGAUCAUCAGCCCUGCGUCAACAAGCCUCAGUACUGGUUAAACAACACAUUAACUCUCUUUCACGGAUUCUAGAUAACAACCACGCGCUGGAUAUGACGAAGCUGAUGCGUCAAUUCUCGAUGGAGGUGUUCACCGACUUAGGCUUCGGUUUGCAGCUGGGAGCACUGCGUUCUGCUAGUAUGGAGACGAGUAAGUUCGAGAAAGCGGUUGAUGACAUUCAUCAGCGUGUAAUUGAGCGAAAAAGCCGAUCUGCAGCUGUGUGGAAACUACAACGCCUGCUGGAUAUCGGUAGUGAAGCGGCACUAAGUCGCAGUGUCGAUAUAGUGAACUCUGUCACGUUAGAGGCCGUUGAAGCGAAGAGAAAGAGACGUCGAGCUGAGAAUCCGAUCGCUGGCAGUCGCGUGGACAUGCUCGAUCUUCUUCUGAGUCAAAAAUGCAACAGCAAGAGCUCGAAAGACCCCGAAUUCUUGGCGGAAUUUGUGUUAAGUCUCGUAGUGGCAGCGAGAGAUUCGAUGGUGCAUACAUUGACUAAAUGUCUGCAGUGUCUCGCGCAGCACCCAGAGGAGCAAGAAAAACUCGUGUGUGAGUUAAAACAAGCACAAGAAAAAGGGAUAGACGUUCAAUCUGUAGUGCGUCUUGAAGCGGUGGUGAAGGAGACACUGCGGUUGUACCCUGCUAAACCGUUUAUUCGACGUCGAGCGAGACUCGAUACAGUCCUUAGUGACGGCACAUUCGUUGCUGCUGGAACGGAAGUGGUGAUGGAUCUGUAUAGUAUGGCUAGACGAGAGAACGUGUGGGGGCCUGACAGUGCUCAAUUUCGACCUCAGCGUUGGAUCGACACAGCAAACAACAGACUACGUCCUGUGUCCAGCUACAAGUUUAAUACCUUCCUAGGUGGCCCACGUGCUUGUAUUGGCGCUGACAUCGCCCUGGUGGAAAUUAAGACGGUAAUUGCGUCGGUGAUAAAUAGUGUCCAGCUGGAUGCGAUCGAGUGUGAUCAAAGCUGCGACGAUAAGAGACUGACGCUAAAGAUCCGACGUCGAGAUGCCAACCUGCCAGGACAAUAUAGCUAAGUUAGCUAUUUAGAAAUGGAUACAAAAUUGGAAAGACUCAAUAAUGAUCAAAACUGCUUG